AUGUCCUCCUUCUUAGAACACGCUGGCAAGCAAGUCGUCCCCCUGUGGUAUGACGGCGAAGAUUGCAACCUAAACCCCAACAACAUCUUUGAGGUGAUUCACGCUGCAGAUGGCACUGUCGCGCAUCACGCACAAAGCGCAUCCGUGGCCGACGCACAAGCCGCUGUCGACGCCGCACAGGCUGCCUUCUCUACAUGGAGUGCAACAUCCAUCCCGGAGCGUCGCGCCGUCCUACUCAAGGUGGCCGAUUUGCUCACUGAGCGAGCCGACGUGUUAGGCGUCAUGCAGGCCCGGGAAACCUCCAGCGCGCCCUCUUACGGCAGCUACCUGGCCAAAGUCGCCAGCGCCAACAUCCGUGAGGUGGCGUCCCAAAUCACAACAGCGUGCACAGGCAGCUUGCCGCCGGAUCAAAGCACCACCAUCAUGGUCACCAAGCAGGCAAUUGGCCCAGUACUCAUCAUUUCGCCGUGGAACAGCCCGACAGUGCUUGGUCCGCGCAGUAUUGCUGCCGCCCUCGCCGCCGGCUGCACCGUCGUCCUAAAGGCGUCGGAGCUCUGCCCACAGACCUACCGCAUGCUAUGCCAGGUGUUUGCCGACGCCGGCCUGCCUCGGGGUGUGCUGAACCAGAUCGUGGUCAAGCGCGACGACGCACCGUCAGUCACAGAGGCAAUUAUUUCUCAUCCGGCCAUUCGCAAGGUCGAGUUUAUUGGGAGCGCUGCGGUAGGCAGUCUGGUCGCGCAGACCUGCGCCCGCCACCUGACGCCGAUUCUCCUCGAGCUCGGUGGCAAGGCGCCGGCGAUUGUCUGCCGCGAUGCAAACCUCGCCAAAGCCGCAGCGACGUGCGCAUUUGGCGCAUUUGUCCACCAUGGUCAAAUCUGCAUGUCGACAGAACGCAUCAUUGUCGUCCAGGAGGUUUCCGAGGAGUUCUCCAAGCUUUUGAAGAAGGAGGUGAAUGAGAAAUGGUACCACGGCGCAGGUUCGGCCGCGACGACGGCUUUUGCGAACAAGGCUCAUGCGCUGCUCGACGAAGCACUGCGUGACGGCGCCGAGUAUCUCGCAGGAGACAACACGUACAUCGAUGAGGCAAAGACAAGUCUGCGCCCGACGAUAGUGACCAAGCUAGUCCGAGACUCGCGGCUGCGUGACCUGGAGUCGUUUGGGCCGUCGGCAACACUGUACGUGGUGGAGGACGAGGACGAAGCACUUCGGGUCGCCAACGACUCGGCGUAUGGGCUCUCGGGAGCGAUAUGGACCAGCGAUGUAAUGAAGGGGCUCGCACUGAGUAAGAAACUGGAGUGCGGAAUGGUGCACGUCAACGCCGGGACCAUGGCCGACUUUCCGACGAUGGCGAUACAGGGCGUCAAGGGCAGUGGAUGGGGGAGCAACAACAGCGUGUACGGGAUUGAAGAGUUCUUGGUCACGAAGAGCGUGACGCUGCAAGGAUAG